AUGCAAGCUCUCUUGACCACGCUGGUCUGUGGCCUCGUAGUCCUGACUACUCUCUGGAUCAAGACCAGGUUGAAAAACAUCCCCCCCGGUCCGCCUCGUCUGCCUAUUCUAGGCAAUCUACACCAGUUUCCAUCGGGUUCGGUGAUCUCGACUUUUGACAAAUGGCACAAGAAAUACGGACCAAUCGUGGGUUUGUCCCUGGGUAGCCAGACCUUGAUCCUCCUAGGAAACAUGGAGGUGGCGAAAGAGCUCUUUGGCAAGCGCGGCCGAAUCUAUAGCUCACGGCCGCGCAUGGUGAUGGGCAAUGAGAACCUGACACAGAACAAACACACGGCCCUGCUCCCCUACGGACCCAAGUGGAAGAUCCAUAACCGCAUCCACAACUCCAUCCUGGCGGCGGGAAAAACGCAGCAUUAUACCGAGCUCAUUGAGGGAGAAAGCAUUCGGGUGCUGCACCAUCUGAUGCAUACUAGCGAGUACAAUCGAUGCUACACGCGCUUCACAUCGAGCAUCAUCUUUAGCCUCGUGUACGGCAAGCAGCUGCAGGGUGACGAGCCAGAGUUCCAUGAAAUGCUGCAGAUUGCAGAGAACUUUGUGGCAGCCAUCGCUGGCGGCACCUGGUUGGUCGACAUAUUCCCCUUCAUCAACCGGUUGCCGAGCUUCCUCAACCCGUGGAAGCGUAUGGGGAAUCGCUUCCAUGACCGAGCCAUGCGCCUGUUUGAGUCCAAUGCAACCCACGCUAUGGGCACGAAGGCCUGGAACUUCACCAAACACGUCCAUGCUGCCGAAGACACCAGCGGACUCACCGAUCGGGAGGUCCUGUACAUGAUCGGUGUGCUGUUCGAAGCUGGCAACGAUUCAACCUCCACCGUGCUGCGAUUUUGUACUAUGGCCGCCAUUCUGUUCCCAGACGCGGUGAAACUGGCACAGGCAGAGCUCGACGCCGUUGUGGGCCCUUCGCGUCUCCCAAGCGUCGACGAUCUGCCCCAGAUGCCAUACGUCAGUGCAUUCAUUAAUGAGGUGUUGCGCUGGCGUCCCAUUACGCCUGGUGGUGUGGUACAUGCCAGCUCAGAGGAUGACAUCUUCAUGGGCUACAAGAUCCCACGAGGUUCCGUGCUCAUGUUUAACCAUUGGUCUGCCCACCUGGACGAGAAGACAUACGAUGACCCCUUGUCCUUCCGCCCAGAGCGCUGGCUGGAGAACGAUAAUCUGCCUCUCCAUGCCUUCGGAUACGGUCGCCGCGUCUGUCCCGGUCAGUAUGUUGCCCGUAAGACCUUGGACGUCAUGAUCCCACGACUGCUCUGGGCGUUCGACUUCGAAGCUGGGUACGAGAACGGGGUGCGCGCUAAGAUUGACCCUUACAAUCUGCAGGAACUGGGAGCACUGCUGCGACCGGUGCCUUUCCCUGCUAUCUUUAAGCCACGCGAUGAGGCGCGUCGGGCUCUGAUUGACAAGUCGUUUGCCAACCGUGAUGCCAAUCUCGAUGGCAUUCUCAACCGAAUUGAGACCGCCAUCUCUCGAGGUUCUGAGGUUAAAUGA